AUGCCAUCUUUUACUUCCAGCCUCCGCUCCUGCUCUUCGUUGAGCGGGCGAUUUCAACUACGCUCCGUGACCAGGACAGGACUCAGACCAUCGUCCAUCCACCGCCACCAAGCUUCCUUAUUCCAUAACACAGCCUCAGUUCGUGCAUUGAAAGAGGGGGACAGACACCGAGAUAAAGAAGAAGUCUCCUCGGAAGUCGAGAAAGAGAAGACUGAACAUCUGUUGAGACAUAAAGAAGGUCAAGGAAAAUGGAACAACAACCUGGCAAGCACCAGUGAAGCCGAUGUCAAAGCAGAUAGAGGAGAGAUAGAUAGCGUGGAAAUCGAGGAGAUGGAGAAAGAAAUUCAUCGUGGAAAAUCGGUGCAUAAAAAGGAGACUGAGAGAGUCAGCAAGUAA